CUUUUUAUUUCCGAGGAUGAGGUCUUUUAAAAACUACGAUGGAUGUUAUUAACGCAGCUAAAAAAAUUUCUGAAGCUGGUACUAAGCUGGAUAAACUAACCAGGGAAAUAGCAGAGCAAUGCCCAGAAAGCAGUACAAAAAAGGACCUGUUGGCGUAUUUGCAACGCAUUGCCCUAUAUUGUCAUCAAAUUCAAAUAACUUCAAAAGUAAAAGCAGAUGUUCAAAAUAUAAGCGGUGAACUUAUUGUUUCCGGGCUGGAUAGUGCUACAUCGUUAAUUCAAGCGGCUAAAAAUUUAAUGAACGCCGUUGUAUUACCGGUAAAGUACUCAUAUGUGGCAUCAACAAAAUAUACAAGGCAAGAAACUGUGUCUUCCCCAAUUGUAGUAUGGAAAAUGAAAGCACCAGAAAAAAAACCUUUGGUCAGGCCGGAAAAACCAGAAGAAGUACGAGCCAAAGUUCGCAAGUUCCAAAGUCCUGCUGACGCUGUUUAAAAAUUGAUUUUCUAUCAAUAUCUAUUAAUUACCAUAAACAAAGUAGUAUUAAAAUCAUUGCGCUUAUCUAUGGUUAAGAGGGCUGCUACAUAUAA